UCUACGUUAAGAUUCCAAAAUCCACAUUUCUAACUUUCAUCCAAAUAUUAAUGUUUUCUUUUACGUAACACCACAAAUACACUCCACAAAAAGAAGUCUCCACGAGCCACCAGCAACUAAUUAACUUUAGCAAUUAAUCUUAAGUUCGGUAAUAAAUAAUAAUGCAGCAUCAGAAGUUACAAUUAGAAAAGCCUGAAACGUUUCCUUCCACUACUCGGUGACACGCACCUUCCCAGUAACUUUCCUUUCCCAUUUCCCAUUUCAGAUUUAAGCUCCAAACACUUCUCCACCUUCUUAUUCUUCUUCCCAACUCACCCUUUUGCGUAGUAGAAACUUUGAGUCUUUCUUUGAAACUUUUUAAGUCAGAGAGUCUUUGUUGAGACGAAAAACAAAAACCAUGUCAUCAUCAACAAUACGGAGAGAUCUAGAAAGUGGAGGGGCGAACAAGAACAUCAACAACAUAAGCUACAGUGCCGCUCCCACUUCCUAUGUUUACGAUCCGGAAGUUCAUUGGACAUCGUGGCUCGUGCCGCUGUUUGUGGCGGUUAACGUUGUGGUGUUCUUUGUGGUCAUGUAUGUCAACGAUUGCCCCAGGAAAAAUCUCGGCUUUGAAGGGGAUUGUGUCGCCAGGUUUCUGGGUCGCUUCUCCUUUCAGCCCCUUAGGGAAAAUCCGUUAUUUGGGCCCUCUUCAUCCACCUUAACAAAGAUGGGAGCACUUCGGUGGGAUGAUGUUGUGAAUCAUCAUCAAGCAUGGAGACUCGUCACUUGCAUUUGGUUGCAUGCUGGAGUUGUUCAUUUAGCUGCCAACAUGUUGAGUCUGGUCUUCAUUGGCAUUCGCCUUGAACAACAAUUUGGGUUUGUGAGGAUAGGAAUCAUUUACUUGUUGUCUGGAUUCGGCGGGAGUGUACUGUCUUCCUUAUUCAUUAGAAACAAUAUCUCUGUUGGUGCUUCUGGUGCUCUAUUUGGACUUCUUGGUGCAAUGCUUUCAGAACUUAUCACAAACUGGAGUAUUUAUACCAAUAAGGCAGCUGCUUUGUUCACACUUCUGUUUAUUAUUGUCAUCAAUCUUGCCAUUGGAAUGUUGCCACAUGUUGAUAACUUUGCGCAUAUUGGGGGAUUCCUCUCAGGAUUUCUCCUUGGGUUUAUUUUGCUGCUCCGUCCUCAAUUUGGGUGGUUAGAACAACAACGUCUCCAUGCUGGUGUUCACCUCAAGUCCAAAUACAAGGCUUACCAAUAUGUUCUAUGGAUUGUCUCUGCCAUUUUACUGAUUGUUGGGUUAUCUAUUGCUCUAGUGAUGCUAUUCCGGGGUGAGAGUGGAUAUGAUCACUGCCAUUGGUGUCACUAUCUAACAUGUGUUCCAACUUCUAAAUGGAAAUGCAAUGACAAUUAAACAAAAGGGCAUGAGCUAUCGUCCUCAUAUGUAUAGCUAUAGCUCUCACUUUGGGUUGUUUUGUUAUUUUAUUUUAUUUUUUUGCUAAUUCCUGUCAAAUUCAGUUAUUGGUUUGACUGUGGAUUUAUAUGUAUUAUACAUAUAUAAAGAAAUUUAUUUGUACAUGAAAUUCAUUUGUCAUUUUGCAUUCAUACUCUGCCUGAUGA